ACAGAGGAGCUAAGUGACAUAAUGUCCGAGGGAACAUUAUAUAAGGAAGUACGGGCGGCGGGGCCGCGGCUGUAAGAUCGCUGUACGGAAGGGGAGACGCUCGCUUCAGGUCUCGGUGCCGCUGAGGAAGUAGCUGCCUCAGUGGUGACAAGCUCAGUUAUACAGGGACGAGGACUCCGGGCGGCCGCACCGCCUACACUUUGUGUUGUGAAGAGGAGGCGACCGGGGGAGUCUGUCCGUCUCACUCCUAAAGAGCCCGACUUCUGGCAGAGGAUGUGUGGGCACCGCCUGUCCCGUGGUGUGGCAUGGUGAAGGACCCGGCGCUGUAGACAAAGGCUGCCUGCCUCUUAAAGGGGCACUGACAUUUUCAAGAACAAAGAAGCUUCUUCCCCAACUUGGGAGUUGAAGGCACGCCUGCCUAGAAGACGCAACAGAUUGUCUCCGCACGGUAACGCUUUCUCUGCACCUCUUUCUACAGAGAUCCGAUGGGGGUUUAAAGGGCCGAACCCCUCUUCUUCUAAGACAACCUUAGGGUAUAAUGGAAAUACCCUUCUACCAUGAUGAUGUUUUGAAUUUGCAUCAGGCUUCGAACUUUUACACUUCUUCUGUUGCCACCAUGAUGAAGAAAGACCUAAACCUCAACCUGAAUGAGCAGGUAGCCAACUCCUUAAAGCCUCAUGAUGGCCUCUUGACCUCCCCUGAUCUUGGACUGUUGAAGCUGGCAUCUCCAGAGCUGGAGAGGCUCAUCAUCCAAUCCAAUGGCCUGGUCACUACCACUCCAACCACCAGCCAGUUUAUCUACCCCAAGGUGGCCAGUGAAGAACAGGAGUUUGCUGAAGGAUUUGUGAAAGCGCUGGAAGAUCUUCACAAGCAAAAUCAACUCGGGGUGACAAGUGCAGUGGAUUUAAGCUCUGUACCUGCAGGUGCCACUCUGCAGCCUCCCCCACCAUCUGAUGCCCCUGUGUAUGCCAAUCUCAGCAGUUACUCAAGUGGGCCAAUGGGCACCACUGUAAAUUACAGCACUGACACCGUGCCAUUUCCACCUCCACCGUCAGGCCUGGCACAGCAGUCCAUAGCCCCUCCACCUAGACUGCAGAUUCUCAAGGACGAACCACAGAUUGUGCCAGAAGUACCAUCUUUUGGAGACAGCCCACCAAUGUCUCCUAUUGACAUGGACACUCAGGAAAGGAUCAAAGCUGAAAGAAAACGGCUAAGGAACAGAAUAGCAGCUUCUAAAUGCCGAAAGAGGAAAUUGGAGAGAAUUUCUAGACUGGAGGAGAAAGUGAAAAGCCUUAAAACUCAAAAUACAGAGUUGGCAUCUACUGCUAACCUGUUGAGGGAACAGGUGGCCCAGCUGAAGCAGAAAGUCAUGAGUCACGUCAACAGCGGCUGCCAACUUCUUCCUCAGCAAGUCCAAGCUUACUAAGCUUAUCUUGUAACCAGAUUUGACUUUUUAUCUUUUUAUGCCUACUGAUAAACUUCAUUCCAAAAGAGGAUCUUACAUGCCAAAACUGGACUGUUCAGGCGCUAUGCCAACUUGUAAUCAUGAGGAUCAUAGGCCCAACCAAAGACUAUUGUGGUUUAUUUAACCACCUGCGAGUACCUAUCAGUACUGUCAAUAGGUAACAGUUGUCCUCACCUGAGAUAGUCAGGUCUCGGACAUAGACAAUGAGCGCUGUUGCUCAAUGAGGCCUUAGCUAUUACGAAGCUGGUUGUUUCUUGAGACAAACUCAGAUAAUGUUUUGUAAAAUGGUUUCAGUUUACAUCGUAAAAAAAUCAUUUUCAUUUGUAGUUUUAUUUGUGCAGGGAAACUAGAGUCUGAUGUGGAUCCCGAGUGCCUGAUAAGGAUAGAGCUAUUUCUGUAGCUGGUAAGAGACUGUCUCCCGCCUCCAGGCCCCAGGUUUAUACCAUAUAGAAGCUCUUGACAUAGAAGUAGUUAAUUCCUAAAACUUGUUCUAGACAAACUUGGUCCAAUACUUAUGCCAAGUGCAAACAGUGCUGGUUGCCUAUUUACUGCCUUAAAUGUUUACAAGGUCUCUAGCGCAGGGAGAAGAGGGGCAUUCCUCUGCAUAUCUGAAAUGUCUUUCUUGCCAGAGGGUUGCUGCCUUUGCAGGCCACUCCAUUGGAGUAGCUAAGAGAGUGUGUAGGUGCAUCUUGCUUGCACACCCAAUUGUAAAAUAAUGUAAAUGUAACGUUUUACAGAUCUUGUUUUUUUUGUUUGAAGUGUUCAGUUCAACUUGCUAUAUUUAUGUUAUACUGGGAACAAUGUUUUUAAGUCUUUUUUUACUACACAUUCCAGUAUAUAUAGUACUUUAGUGUUCUUAUGUACAAUAAAGUAUGGUCUAAAUGAGAAACUUUGGUUUGGUUCCAAUAGUUUAUUCUUGUUGCAUAAGGGUCUCUCUUUUAUGGGUAUGUGUUUCAGGAACUUUUCAGAUCAGUAUGUAUUAAAAACUGACAUUAUUUGUGACAAACCACCAG